AGUGUUAAACGCUCGAGCGUCCGUCACUCGUCCGCAGUUUUAUUCGCCCGUGCAAAUUUGUUCGUGUUUAACCGAGCAACUUUAGGUAGUACGUUUUGCGGUGCCGUAUAGCACGUUGACAGCGCUCCGUAGCGAAAUAUUCUUACCGCCUCUAUAAUAGGAAAUAGAAAUUAUACCCUUUGUCACCGGACCGGUGUUCUGACACGAGUAAUUAUACGUGUGUAAUUUUUUUUUUUUAAACUCAAAAACCGGGAAAUUAAACGAUAAAACCGUAUCGACUCCGUAAGUCCGGUCUUACACAUUCUAACGGUUGGCAUUUAUUUUGUGUAAUCCGAAACUGGUAAAUUAAAUUUAACUAGUUAUUUGAAAAAAGAACUGACACAUUGCCACAUAUGUAAUUUUGUGUGAGUUUUGCAUUUCGACCCGAAAUUCGUAUACGCCACUAAACGAAAUUAUUAAUCUUGUUAUCUUACGUUUAAUUGCAUAAACAACAAGCGCUGAUACGUAAAAGGAAAUCCUCGAGUUAAAAUGUGGUGGUACUUUUAUUAUUAAUUUUUUUUCUAACCAUAAAAAAAUGUUUAGGUAAAUAUAUUAAAUACCGACAUAAAUGUACGUGCUACAGCAAAAGCUUUUGGUUGGGCUAAUACUUAUGGAGGCAGUUAUGUCAAAGGAUAUUUCACAGUUAAAAAAUACGGCUAUUGAGCCUUUUAACGCCCUCGACUAAAAAAUUCACACGUUUUGAGUUUUGGUAGGUUUUGAUUGCGGUAUCAAUUGUUCUGACACUACACAUUUUUAACGCAUUUUUAUUUUAUUUUUUAAUAAUAUAUGAUUCAGCAGACAUGAGUGUAAAUUAGUAUAUCCCAAACUAUUCUAAAUACUGUAGUAUUCUCAGUAACACUUAACUAUAAGACGUGUGCUAUAUUUUCUCGAAAAAUUAUUUUUUUGGUUAGUAAAAAUGAUCAGAAUCUUUCGCGCAUUACUUUAAAAUAUGUGUUGUUUUGUGCGGAUUUGGGUUGUACGUGUUUCGAUAGGCCGUAAUAUUUACGAUUUUAAAAUUUUACCAUUCGUAAAUGGCCUUUGGAAAAAUCAAAAAAUGACCUAAUACGACUCCAGUCAAUUUUCCUUCCAGGAAAAGUGUUACACUUGAAAACCGGAACCAAAUUUUUGGUAGAAAAGUGAAAAAAAAAAAAAUAAUAAUAAACAUCGUUGUAAAAACCAAUACGUUCCUCGCUCCGCUCAAAAUCUGAAAAUUAUGCGCUUUUAGACAAUAUAGUACGAUUAUAUUAUUAUUAUAUGUAAUUUCAACUGUGAUUUAUCGCGACGAAGAAUAACAAAUUGAAUUCGAGCAGUUUUCGUAUUAAAUAUUUUACGCUAUUGAAUUGUCCGUCGAUAUAAAUAAUAUUUCUUAACGAUUCGAGAUUUAUGAGUCAUGACACGGCGUUAAAAUGUUUAAUCGUCUGCGGUAACAAUAUUAUCAUUAAAAUGCUAUACCGUCAAAAAAUAAAACAAAUUAAAUAAAAGUGAUAACAUUGAUAACAAUAAAGGACACCAAUUACUUGUAUAUUAUACAUUAUAGAUUCUGAGUGCGGUCAAUUUUCCAUUAGUGUCAUACUAGAUGAGAUAUAUUUCUUUUUGUCAUCGACAAACAAUUUUGAGUUAUAAUAUAUGCUUCAAGUUAUUCGCAGAACAUUUUAAAAUACGCGGAAUUUUCGCGCGGCGGUACUUUAUACGGAACCAAUUUAUCGAUUCCCAACAGUUUUUCCGUGAUAUUCAAAACACCAACCCAUAAAGUGCGCGAAAUGCCGAUGCAUUGGUUUUGUUUUGGGCAAAUUUCUGGGUUACUUUGGCUGUAAGGGAAAAAACCACGACUAAUACUGCUCGCACACUACUUUAUUCAUCCGAUCGCCACGAAACUUUGGGAUGCUGUUGCAUACUCCAGUGAAGAUUUCUGGCAUAGUAUAUGUAUGGAAUUCUUCGAUGGCUCCACUAUCAUGCACAAAAAACCGGGUGUGAGGUACUUUUUGGUUCGAAGGUAAAAUAUUGUUUUUUUUAUAUUUGGGUCACCUUGGUAAAACACGGAUGCAAAAACAAAUAUAAUUAGUUAACUAGGUUGUCAUGUGGUCGAAUUCGUAUUAUGUUUCUGGUAUGUAUUCAAUGAGUGUGUAUACUAUAGGUAGCUACGUGUUUUUUUUUUUCGCCGUGAUUGCAGUGAAAAUGUUUAAUUUUAAUUGCUGACGAAGAAAUCAGUAUUGUGUGCACUUCAGUUCAUGGCCGACAUAAGACAUUCGUAAAACAUACGAUAUUUGAAGACCGUACACAAGACGUAUAUAUACAUACAUAAGACAUACAUAUCUUCUUUGAUUUUUCGAAUACUGUGUCGUCGACAGAAAUGCUCCCCAAACGGAAAUUGGUCGAUCUAUAUCUGAAGCACGAAAGAAAAACACAUUAUACGAGCAACGAAAAGCAAGAUUAGAAAAAGAAUAUAAUAAAUAUAAAAAAAAAAAAAAAUAUUGAAAAUUUGCAUUUGGCGUAGCUAUAUAUAAAAGCUUGUUCUGCUCGGCGUUGCCAGUGCCGAUUUUUCAAUAUAUUUCUUUAUAUACGCGUAAAACACCAAAGUACAAUUAUGAUGCCCGGUGUAAUCUCUGAAACUACCCUUGGAAUCAUUAUGUGUCUUUGUGUAUUUUGUUUUUUAAAAUGAUACGCAGUAUAUUGGAGAGUGUUUUAAGCUAUUGAAAACACCGGUCCGACCGGCGGAAGUAGUAGACGACCGAACCCGCAAUAGUCCGGGCUGGAUGAAAACAAAUGUAUGUAUAAGGUAUUUUCAUUUGCUCGGCAACCGUAUAGCUAAUUUAUAUAAAUUUGAAAAUAAAAAUAAACAAAACGCAUUUUCAAACAUUUGAGGGCAACGGUUAACUGCAGUGAUUGUGACGGAGAUUGAAAUAUGAAUUCUAGGGGGAAAUCGUUUUUAUUAAGCAUUAUUUGGCACGGGCAACGCCGGGCGGGACAGCUAGUACAUUAUAUAAAUCUUAAAAAUCCCUAGACAAUAUUAUAUACUCUUUUAAGUCGAUAAACAUUUUAAAAAACGAUAUGUUUUGAGCGAAAUGUUAAUAAUAAUAAUAAAAAAAAAAAAAAAACAACAAAACAUCUAAUUAUUAAAACGUCACGUGAAUAUAUUUGUGCGCGCAUUAUUACGGUAAACCGAGAAAUACGUGCGCGGUGUUUAUGAAAUUCAGGCGAAUGUUGCAGUGUUCGUGCUUAAUUGAUAUUUUCUACUAAAAAAAUUAAAUAUACUAUACAAUUUAUUUUGGUAUUUCGGUUACCCGGAGAAAUGUUUUUUUUAUGUUUUAUUAUAUUUCAAACGAUUGGCGAUAAAAUGCAUGUAACGUGCGUCGUACUGUUACAACAAACAAAAACCACACCGAAACAUUUUUCGAGCCAAACGAUUUUGGAUACGUUACGAGUGUAAUAAUAUUAAUAAACGGAAAAACCGCAACACGACGUUUACGGUGUUAUUGUUACAAGGCGAGGUAGGCGAUUCGCCAAAGAAAACUGAAAAAAAAAAACUCUUUUUCGGUUUUUCGUUUGUAUUUUUUUUUUUUUUUUUUUUUUAUACGCCGUUAAAGAACGAAUACGAUCGUGCGGGACGGACGGGCGAUUCGCAGGAACGAAACGUCGUUAUUACAUUCUCGUGUACUGGUGUAUAAUGAAAACAAAACAAAACGGGGAAACGUAACCGUACCAGAAGUUCCCGGCCGCAGUAAGUUUGUGACGUAAUUGCAUUCAUAUAAUUGCUCGAAUUUUCGAACGGAACGUCCGGGUGUUGUUAUUAUUUUUUUUUUUUUUCAACUAUAUUAUCGCACAACAUCAGUAUUGUGUUGUUCACGGACUCUCCAAUACGGAAAAAAUAAUAAUAUUUAAGAACACCAGAAACAAUUCUAGCCUCUCGGUUAGGAGACUGCGGACGUCGAUUAUAUUUUAUUGCCCCGCCAACUUGCAUUCCUUGUACAUUGACGACGGUUAAGGACCGGAUUUGAUUGCAAUCGCAAAUUAUACUGCAACAAAGACGAAUCAGAUCUGAUUGAACACGUAGCCGACAUAAACUAAAGAUAUUCUGCCCGUUUAAUUUUAUAAUGCAAUUUUUUUUGUCAGUUUUCGACGUUUUUGCAAUUUUCCCACGUUUUUGAAUCGUAAGCGUUUACCUUUCGUCUGGAGUUUUCUAGAAGCUCGGAGGGCCCAUGGUGGUGAUUAAAUUCAACGCAGUAGUACAGCGAUUCGUGUGAGUUUACCCGUUGGUGUCUUAGUGUCUAUUUCUUUGAUCGGUUUGACCGCACAGUGAAGUGUAUUCGACGCAAUGCUAAAAUUUAAAUCAAUUUAAAAAAGUAAAAUUUCCAAUCGGAUUGCUCCUUACAAUGGAAAUAAAGAAGUAUUUUCAUCAGAUGGAAAGGUUAUAUAUUGUCUCGUAUGUAACAAAUAUGUGUCUACUGAAAAAAAAAUAUCGAAAAAAAUCGUCAUUCCAAAACAAGUAAGUUUUGUAUUUUAUGCUCAUCAUUUUACGCGCAAUAUAUUACAUAUUAUUUCAAAAAAAAAAAACAUGUAUAUUUUUUUUAUUUCAAUACAUAAGUGUAUUACAAUGGAAUGGAGAAAAAAAUAGCUAUCGAUUACUUCUCCAAAUUCGAAUAGUAAAAAUGUAUUUUUUGAAGAUUUAUAUAAUGCAUUUGUUGCAGCAAAUAUCUCAUUGUGUUCAUGUGUUAAAAUCACUUUUGGAAAAACAUGCUGGUAAAUCAAUUCCGGACGAAAUCAUGUUCAGAAAAAAUUACAUAUCAAAUAUGUAUAAAAGCGUUAUGGACCAAAUAAUCAGUGAUAUUGGAAAUAAUUACGUUCACAUAAUUGUUGACGGAACAACUGAUCCAAGAGUUUUGUAUAAAUAAUUUGUUUAGUUUUUUAUAUAAUAAAAUAUACUGUUUUCGUUUAGGUUCGGCUAUUGCAAAUUUAUCAAUUGGUAAAUUAGACGGGACGCCUAGUUAAUGAUAUUCGGUUGCAUGUAAAGAACUAGAAUCCAUCAAUUAUGAAACUAUUUGUCAGUUUAUUAAUUCCUCGUUAAAAAUAUUUCCUGGUAUUGAACAAAAAGUAUUAAUUUUUAUUAGCGAUGCUGGUACUUAUAUGUUCAAAGCAACAAAAACAUUAAAAAUAUUUUUCCCGAAAUUAAUUCAUAUUACAUGUAUGGCGCAUGCAGUUAAUAGAGUUUUAGAGAAAAUUCGACAAUUGUAUUCUGACAUUAAUAAAUUGAUUGACAAUAGUAAUAUAUUAUUACCUAUUUAAAAUUUAAAUACAUAUGCAACUUAUUUCGUUUAUUUCAGGAAAAAAAGCUCUCCUAAAAGCACCAUCGAGAAUGAAUAAAUACAGAAAAGAAAUGCCGGGUACACCUUUAUCAUCCGAACCAAUUAUUACAAGAUGGGGAACAUGGUUAAAUGCCGCACUUUUCUAUACAAAUAAUUUCGGAAAGUUUAAAAACGCGAUUGGAAGUUUAACAGAUGACGCACGAGUUUCGAAAAGCUGAAACAGAUUGUACAAAAUAAUGCAGUCAAAUGUGGUUUAGCAUUCAUAAAAUUACACUUAUCUGAGUUAUCCAAGAGUCUUAAAAAUUUGGAAGAAUUUAUUAGUGAACUACUGAAAAGCGUAGAUAUUUUAACAAAUAUUUCUGGUCCAAACGGGAAAAAAAUUAAAGAACAAUAAAUGUAUGUAAUUAAAAAAUAUGAAAGGCAUAAAACUUUGAUGUCUUACGAUGAAAUCAUGUCAGAUAAAGCAAAUGUUAAUUGAGAUAUAACGCCUACUUUAUUAAAUUGUUUUAAAUAUGCACCAAUAACUAUUGUACACGUAGAACGUAGUUUUUCUUUGUACAAACAUAUUUUAAGUAAUAGAAGAUUUAAUUUUAAUGAAAAUAAUUUAGAAAUGUAUCUAAUUAUCAGUUUUAAUUAAAAAAGUAAAAUUUAUCUAAUUUAUUUUUAUAUACAUUUCGCAUUUUUAUAGCGCAAUUUAUACGUAUUUUUUGAUGCAAUUAUAUAAUUUGAAUAUGCAAUUUUUGUGUGUUUUAAAUGCAAUUAAAUCUGGUCUUUAGUGAUAGUAUUUAAGGGUAUUCAAAUAUAAUGGAAAAAUAUUAUUUUCUCUUCAUUUGUCUACUGAUUGAGAUCAUGAUCAGGAUUAGUGUCCCAGUAUCGUUCUUUAUAUACAAUACUGAGGUAUGCUAAUACGUCUGAUAGGAUAAUAAACAAAGAAACAUCUAAUUUGAAGUCAAUAAAAACAAUAAGUCCUAAAACAUUGUAAAUGAUGAAAUGACUAUAAUUGUAUACGUUUUAUGCCUUUUAUUAAUACGGCUGUGUAUAUGCAUGCAAUUGAAAUACAUUUAUCUAAUUUGAAUAUGUAUCCCGUUAGGCAUUAAUAAAUGUAUAUAUUAUGUAUACC